AUGGGCCCAAAUCCAGUAGUUAAGGCUGUUGCGAAGAUCAUAAGUCACUCAAAAGAGUUAAAUUACGAAAUAUUUAAUAGUGAUGUAGAUUUUAUAAUGCAGAGGAACCAAAAUGACUUGAAAAGCGAUGAAUCGCUCACAAUUAUUCCAAUAGAAGUUGGUGGAAAUGAAGAGAAUGAAAUUGUUUGUAGAUUAGAAAAACAAGACGACGAAAAAGAAGUUAUUAAACCUUUUGUGUUUCGCAGUUUCUAUGAUAACUUCUUUAUGGUCAAUAAAAAAUUGCUGCGGAAAGGACAACGUAUAAUAUUGCAGCAUAAAGACAAGAUCUCACUUGUUAAGAAUCAAAAAAAAUUCUUUGAAUUCCAUGAUUUAAGGACAUUAAUCAAGACGAAAUUUCCCUCAAACCUGAUGAAAGACUAUUUUGUUGAAAAGCUCCUCGGUGAUGGUCCAAAUGGAUGUGCAUUUCUUGUCCAUAACGUCAGAACACUCAAAAGACUCGUAAUAAAAAGAGUAAAGAAAUUUAAGGAAGAUCCUCCAUUUGACUAUGUAUUUGAGGCAAAAAUCAUGAAUGGCUUAAAUCAUCCGAAUGUAGUUAGGCUUAUUCACGUUUACGACAUUAUCGAUCAGACUUUUUUAUUCACUGAAUAUCUCAAUUAUCAAGACUUAUUAAAAUUAAUCAACUCAAAGAUAAAUAUUCGAUUAGAUGAAAAUGAAGCUCGAGAUUGCUUUUAUCAAGUUACUCAAGGAUUAAAGUAUCUACAUCAAUUGAAUAUUUGUCAUCGAGAUAUCAAGUGUGAUAACAUUUUUGUCCACAAAGAAAACGACAAAGUCAUCUGUAAAAUUGGAGAUUUCGGCUUAGCUGCUUACGACAAAGAUUUAACUCAAACUUGCGGAACUAUUCAUUAUUCACCUCCAGAAAUGUUCUAUAAGAAUAAAAUCUACAAAGGAACAAAAUGUGAUAUUUGGAGCUUUGGAGUCGUUCUCUUCUGUAUGGUUAGCGGCAAAUUUCCAUUUUAUGAAUCUUUUGUCGACUGUGGAACUAUUGACCAACAAAUUAAGACUGGAAUUGUUCGAUUCCGAUGUGAUUCAAUUUGGAAUCGCAUCUCGUACGAGUGCAAACAUUUGAUAUGCUGCAUGAUUAACGUAAAUCCACUUAUCAGGCUAGACAUUCACGAAAUAGAAAAUCAUCACUGGCUCAGAAAUUUUAGAACACUCCAAAAUGUCCGGAAAAGAUCAUUAGAUGUAACACUGUUAAAAAAUGUUAAGCGUAUUCAUAACUUUGAAACUAAAAAGCCCAAAAUUUUUUUGUUGACUUAA